CCUGACUUGAUUGUUCUAGGGGUAAGGAAAAAAAAAAGUAUACACUCGAUGUAAUAAUCUGAUGCAUGUAAAGGAGAAAAGAGUUAAGGGUAAUCGUCAUGUCAACCACGGGUCCCAUGAGCACUUAUUAUGUGGAUUCUCUCAUCAGUCACGAAAGCGAGGAUGUGCAGCUGGCGUCGCGGUUAUCUGUUCCCGAGCUUCUUCCCAGUGGUUCUUGUCCGACGACACUAGUUCCAGAGUGCUCAGACUUUUCAUCCUGUAGUUUUGCUCCAAAACCGACUGUCUUUACCUCGUCCUGGCACCCUGUUCACUCUCAAUCUUCGGUGGUCUAUCACCCAUAUACCCAUCAACCGCAGAUUGGGACGGACUCGAGGUAUGUUCGGUCAUGGUUGGAGCCAAUAUCGGGGACAGUAUCCUUUCCAAGCUACCCGGUAAACACCUUUGGGCUGAAAACCGAACAUCUCACGGCCGGUGAUUGCUUUGCUUCCAGUGCACGAGGAUAUCCGGACUAUUUCUACAACUCGCCCGUCCGAGAUAAGACACAGCAGAACAUCCCUUCUCCGGAGCUGGACGUUUCGGCACCCACGAAGCACAAAGACGACAAACCAGAAUUAAACCCGGACAAUCCGGUCAUUAAUUGGAUACAUGCAAGGUCAACAAGGAAGAAGAGGUGUCCUUAUACAAAAUAUCAGACGCUUGAGCUGGAAAAAGAGUUUUUGUUUAAUACGUAUCUUACUAGGGAUCAACGAUACGAGGUGGCACGGGUUUUGAAUCUGACCGAAAGACAAGUCAAGAUAUGGUUUCAGAAUCGUCGAAUGAAAAUGAAGAAGAUGAAUAAAGAGAAGACGGAGACCAAUGAGCAGUAAUGCACCUUGGUGACGCAUAUGCCUUUAAAAUGUGGCGAGAACUUGGAACCAACUUACUACGACUGCAGGUUCCCUCAAAGCGUCACACGAAGCCAUGCGCUGGUGUAUGGAGCAGGAGCGGCAGCAUCAGGCUUUCAGCAUCCGCCUCAUCACGUCCAAGAUUUCUUCCACCAUGGGACGCCGGGAAUAUCAACGCCGGGUUACCAACAGAACCCAUGCGCAUUGGCUUGCCGUGGAGAUGCCUCAAAAUUUUAUGGAUACGAAGCUCUUCCCAGACAACAGCUUUAUGGUACCCAACAAGAAGCUAGAGGGGCACAAUACCCAGACUGUAAAUCGGCAAAUGGCACCAAUAUCGGAGAAGAACAAGGCCAAUUAACAAAUCCUCCAAGUCUACUGUUUCCGUGGAUGAGACCGCAUGCUCCAGGAAGACGCAGUGGUCGUCAGACCUACAGCCGAUACCAAACUCUGGAGCUGGAGAAGGAAUUUCUGUUUAAUCCAUAUCUCACCCGUAAACGUCGGAUCGAGGUAUCUCACGUUUUGGGAUUAACGGAACGACAGGUGAAGAUUUGGUUCCAAAACCGACGAAUGAAGUGG